UCCUAAGCCAGGGAUUGUGGGUUCGAGUCCCAUCUGGGGUGGCUGCAUCCUUUUAACCUUAGUUCAAUAUUUUGUUUUUAGUCAUUUAACAAACAAUUUGGGAAGAAUUUUUCUGCCGACUAUCACCAUGAAUUCUUGACCGCUGUCACACUAAUUUUGGGUGUUACUCUCCGUUCAGAACCUGAUAUAUGAUGAGAAAACCGAGCAUCUGUUUGUGCGUCCUGCUGAGCUCUGUGGCUGCAUCGCUGGAUGGACAAAUUAGCAAGGUGCAAAUUUACCAGGCCACGGUGAACUGGGAUGCUGCCCAGAAGAGCGUGACCCUGCAGGAGGGGGUGAUGGCGCGGGACGGGGGCGCCUGCGGAUUCUUCAACGACUCUCUGCUGCUCUCUGGAUGGGGCGUCUUGGAGAUCCAGGCUGGCUUUGGAGGAGCGCCGCAGGACGAUGAAAUCACAUUUUACCUGGCUGGUUACCUGGAGGGCUACCUGACUGCUGGACAGAUGUUCAGCCAUUUCACCAACAUGUUUCCUCAGCUGGUCAAGGAUGAGCGAGUUUUAAUCCCCUUAAAACUCUUCAUCAGCAAACAGGACAUCUGGGCCAGAGAGCAGGCGGCUCAGAGGAGGAACAGCGACCCCCUGUGGAAGCAUGUGGGACUGAUCCUGGCCCAGCUGGACGGGCUGCACGCUGGAGCUGCAGAGUGGGCCAAAAGCAGACACAGGGAGGCCCUGCCGCUUUUCGCGCUCCAGUUCCUGAAUGGUGUGGGUGACCUCCUGGACCUGGUCCCGGCUUUGACGCCUCGCUCCAACUCCUCGGCGGGCUCGGCCGCCUUCAGGAGGCCCGGGAUGGGCCUCUGCACGGCCCUCAUAAAGGUGCUGCCCGGCUAUGAGAACCUGCUGCUGGGCCACUCCAGCUGGUACAGCUACGCCGCCACCAUGCGGAUCUACAAACACUGGGACUUCCGGGUUUCCGAUCCGCGCGUCCACACCGGCCAGAUGUCCUUCAGCAGCUACCCGGGGUUCCUCACGUCUCUGGAUGAUUUCUACCUGCUGGGCAGCGGCCUGCUGAUGACGCAGACGUCCAUCGGCGUCUUCAACGCCUCGCUGUUCUCGCGGCUCAGCCCUCGCCGCCUGCUGGCCUGGCAGAGGGUCCGCCUGGCCAACGGCCUGGCCCGCAGCGGGGAGCAGUGGGCGCAGCUCUUCUCCAGAUACAACUCAGGAACCUACAACAGCCAGUACCUGGUUCUGGACCUGAGCAGGGUUCUGCUGCGGCGCAGCAUCCGGGCCGGAGCGCUGACGGUGGUGGAGCAGAUUCCCGGGAACGUCGUCCACUCCGACCAGACUCCGGCUUUACGCAGAGGUUACUGGCCGUCCUACAACGUCCCGUUCCACGCCGAGGUCUACGCCCAGAGUGGGUACGCCGCCAUGUGGCGGCGCUACGGAGAAGACUUCUCCUACGACCUUUGCCCCCGAGCCAAAAUCCUCCGCAGGGACCAGGCCAGGGUGUCCGACCUCAGCUCCCUCAAAUACAUCAUGAGAUACAACAACUAUAAGAGAGAUCCCUACUCCAAGGGCCAUCCAUGUAAAACCAUCUGUUGCCGUAACGACCUGAGACCAAGGAGGCCACGCCCAGGAGGUUGCUAUGACACCAAGGUCAGAGUGUGUUUCAGUGAUGGCCGGAUCACCUUCUUUAGGAAUUUUGAAUGCAUAUAGGUUGUUUUCCCUACUGAUAG